AGGGCAGACGAAAAUAAAAUAAGGAAGAAGAAGAACGACAAGUACGAGGAAGCCAUUACAGUACUGUAAGAGCUUAUCGGCGGUAGCUUUGCGGUAACGUUUUUCCGACCGAGAGGUUUACGAUGGAAAAUGAUCAGAUAUUGAGUGGAGACAAACUCAUACUAAGAGGACUGAAGUUCCAUGGCUUCCAUGGGGUGAAACCUGAAGAACGGACUUUAGGUCAGAAAUUCGUUGUAGAUGUAGAUGCCUGGAUGGAUCUCGGGUCAGCUGGUAAUUCUGAUCAGCUGUCAGAUACUAUCAGCUAUACUGAAAUUUACCGAAUAGUUAAGGAAUUUGUUGAGGGCACGCCCUGUAAUCUACUCGAGUCGGUGGCUCAACGAAUUGCUUCCACCACUCUGACAAAGUUUCCACAAAUUUCCGCCGUGCGUGUGAAAGUUGGGAAGCCUCAUGUUGCCGUUCAAGGUCAGCUGGAUUAUUUGGGAAUUGAAAUCUUCCGACGCAGAACUACAGGUGUUGCAAACUAGAUUAAUUUACAUAUUUGAGGUAUAACACCUUUCCCCCCCUCUAAUGUAUCAUCAAAUUAUGUGUUUUAUCGACAUUGAGUGGAUCGGAAGCAGCUUUGAAAUCAUAAUUUGUAUUGUAUUCAUCUAUUCAGGGACUGCAUUUCGAACAAAUACACACUCAAAAAUAAUUGAUGUUUCUACAUACACUAUGUAAAGUUCGGAUCGAUGUUGAUGUUUAGGUUGUUAA